AUGGCUCAAGAAUCUAUGAAUAGCAAAAUCCACCCCAGGAAGGUGAUUGUGUUCAUUAAGCCCACCUGUCCCUACUGCAGAAAGAUCCAAGAGAUCCCCUGUCAAAUGCCCUUCAAACAAGGACUUCCGGAAUUUGUUGCUAUCACAGCCACCAGUGACACAAACACAAUUCAAGAUGAUUUCCAACAGCUCACAGGGGCAAGAAUGGUACCUUGGGUCUUUAUCAGAAAAGAUUAUAUAGGUGGAUGCUCUGAUCUAAUAAGUAUGCAAAAGAGUGGGGAACUGGAGUCCUGGUUAUGGCAAAUUGAAGCUCUAAAAUAA